UACUCAGUAUCCUCUCUUUCAUUCUUACCAGCGAAGUCUAGAAUCUUUCUUUACUACUCUUCGUCUGUCUCCCUCUCACCCCCGCCUCUCUGUAUACAUCACCCUCUCUUUCUCCGUCUGUCGUUCUGUAAUUUAUGUUUUUUCAGUUAUUCACGUAGGUAUCUAUGUACAUGAGAAAAUCUAGGGUUUUAGGAUUGCAUCUCCAAUGGGUUUUCAGAUGAACAAUCACUGGUCUUGAAGAGGGACCUAUGCAAUCAAGCUAUGAGGAAUAAUCAAACAAAGUUGAGCCAAAGGGGACUCUUUCAACAUCCUUUGUUGAACCAUCAAUGGAAACAAGAAAUCCAAUCACCAUGGAUGUGAAUCAUCGAUUACCUUUUAAAGUUGGCCAACUGGCUGAGUCAAAGUCUUUUAUUAAAGGUUUUCGUGGUGCGUGGUUUAGAUGUAAGAUAAAGGAAAUCGGCACAAGGAAAAGGCAGACUGGGUAUAUGCUGGAAUUUUAUGACUAUCCAGAUGAUAAAGAGGAAUGGACAAAGUCGUAUGAAAAGCCUCAAACUCAUAGAACUAAAUCCAAGGGGCAGAAGAUGGAACUGAUGGUGCGCCCUUGCUUUCCUCCUAUCUACCAUGAAAAUCAGAUGCCUGAUGCUAGUAGCAUCUCAGAAGUGGUAGCAAUUGUUGACAAUGUUUGGAAGGUGGGAGAUUUGGUUGAUUGGUGGUAUACUGAUUGCUAUUGGUCUGCAAAAAUUACUCGUAUAUUGGGUGAAGAUAAGGUUCAGGUAGAGUUGCCAAAAUGUCCAGUGGGUGAGGGAGGUUCUUAUGAAGCUUUGUGCAAGGACCUACGUCCAUCCUUGGACUGGUCUCCAGAACAUGGCUGGACAGUGCCUAUCUCCAAGGAUGGUGAAACUUGUCGUUAUUGUGCUCGCUUACUUCAACCAUAUCAAGUAAUACAAAAUAAAAGUGGAGCACCAUUGUGGAGGAUUGGUUGCUUUCUUGCACCUACAGAUAAGGAGAGAGAAGAGGAACCCACUACAGGUGGAGAAGCAUAUGGCAUUGUUCCUUCUGUUUCCUCGCAUUCUUCAGCUGGCUUUCUGUCUUCAGAUAGAUCUGAACACCCUCCAGCAGAGGAAGCACAAAGGCAACCUUCAGAGGACCUAGUUUGUAAAGAAACGGAGACAAACAAUACAGAAAUGGAAUCCAAACUGGAAGUUGUUCCUUCUGUUUCCUCACAUUCUUCAGCUGGCUUUCUGUCUUCAGAUAGAUCUGAACAUCCUCCAGCAGAGGAAACACAAAGGCAACCUUCAGAGGGCCUAGUUUGUAAAGAAACAGAGACAAACAAUACAGAAAUGGAUUCCAAACUGGGAGAUAGAAGCAUGGAAAAAGCCAGCUUAUCAGACAGUGUUUCAAGUUCAGAUAAAGAUGUAUCAGCUGCAAAUAAACAAACUACAGUGAGAGCCAGAUAUAGUUACACUACAUCAAAGAGGAUGAGAAGUAGUGGGAAAGAGUAUUUGAAUUCCACAUUCUCUGAUACAGUAGAAUCAACUAUUCUGGAUUUGGAGGAGCUCGCAAACAAGAUAAAGUGGCUUAAAGGACUUUUACAGUCUGGAUUUCCAUUGUCAAAUGCAACGAGGCCUUCAUGGAAAUAUUUUGAUAACCGGGAACUUUCACAGAAAGAUGAUGGUAAAAAUACAUGAGAGCCAAGAAAAUGUAGCUUAGUGGCAAAAGAACUUUCACUUCAGUGGGAAUAAAAAAUCAUAUUUGGAUGUUCUUCUGGGCAAAUGUUUUCUGACUUUGAACAAGGCAAGCAGUACCUAUUUGUGGAUGAAGCUAAAAACCACACCCUUAAAGUGCCAUGUUUAAACCAUGGAAUCAAUUCUAGGGUUGGAGUUGAAUGUGCGCUGUUCAUCUCCCCCAAACGUUCAGCUUUAAAGUUAUUCUGUCGAGUGUCAUCAUA